GUUUCGAAGGAAACAUGAUGGCGGACGACUGCAGACAAUUGCGCUUUUGAAAAAUCGUUUUGUAAGUUUAAUUGCGUGUUUUUAUUGAACUUUUUCGCAUAUUAUGGUGCAUUGUGUGACAAAUUAACUGUAUAAAGUGGUUUUUGGAGAUUUCGUCGAAUAUUAUUUCGUGUUUGCUGCGAUUUAAAGGAGUUUAUUAAGAAACAAUUGAGGUGUUGAAGAAUACUUUCAGUUAUUAUUAAGAAUAAAGAAGGUUUUGGUUGUGACUUUGGACCAAAAGAGAGCUUAUUAGACAGUUUAGAUCAAGCAAGGAGACCCUGAAUGAUCACCAGCUUGUGUCUUCAACCUGCAUCAGUCGGGACUGUCUGAUCCGAGCCGAUCAUCCGCCGAGUUGCCUCAUGUCUGACACACCGGCUUGUCACCUCCUAACAUUCCAACAUGAAGACUAAACAAGCCAAGGAGGAGUCAGAAAAGAGCAUAGAAGAUGAACCUGUCUCAGAGCCCAAGAAACGAGGACGGAAGAAGGCAUCAGAUGUGUCCGAAGACGACAAGAACAAACCAAGCCAAGAUGACCCGAAGACCUCCAAAGAACCUAAGAAAACUGUUAACAAAAAUAAGGCUGCAAUAAAGAAGAAGCCUCUGGGUAUAAGAAAGACAUUAAGAAGUAAGAAAGUAGUUGUGGUUAAGGAAAAAAUUAAGAAAGUUAUUAAACAAGGAGCCAAAAGGGGAAGGAAACCUGCAGUUAAACCCGCUCCAGUGCCGCUGGAGGAAGAAGCCGUCCCUCUCAUCCCCGCCUCCGAGAUCAAGACAGAGCCUGUUGAGGAGCCGGCGUCCAACUCCAGGUCCUCGAGCCCCAAGACUGGCAGCCGCAGGGUGCGGCUCAGCUCCGACAUGCUCAUGAUGAAGUCGGUGCUGGGGGACAGCCUGUCCAGCCUGGUCCACGGCACCCGCACCAGCCCCUACUCCAUGAGGUCCGAGCGCAGCAACAGCCCCUCAACUCCAGCUGAAGCCAAGAAACUCAGAACAGUCAAGCCGAGGAAAGCAAAGAAUAAUCUGCUGAAUGAAGUCGUCAUGAAGGCUCAGAAGAAGCGACGCCGGCUCAUGUCCGAGUCUAAGGCCAGCAUCUCUCCUGAGGGGGGCGAUGAAAAGAAGCUCAAGCGGGGCCGCUCCUGCUCCCGGGACGGCUCCGAGAUCUCCAAGUGCUCCGAUGUCACCGAGUCCGACAUCAGCCUCAGCGAGACCCUGAGCAAUGAUGCUGAAAGCAAGGAGCUCAACAAAAAACUAGAUAAACCUAAGACUGACCUAGAUGUAGAUAUUGAAAAUAAUUUACAGAUCUCAACUAUUGAAAAAGUGCCUUCUCCUAUUGUUGACUCGAAAACUGAUGAAAAGACAGAGCCAGAGUCCGCUUCCAUUUUAAAUGUGAAAAACAAAAAGAAAACGAGCUUAAGAAGUACGUCGAUGGACUCAGACAACAAUAAUAGUAACAAUAGACUAGUGCUAGACUCUUUAACUAGUUCACUGGACCUCGAGGACAGAACCAGCUUACUGGUGCAGACUGAUGACAGACAAGCGCUUGUGAAUGAACGGACUAGCAUACUGUCUUGUAUGUCCAAGACUUUCAACUCUAAAGAGGUUGCAAAGAACAUAAGAAAAGCUCGGCGAGGGAAGAGGACAAGCAACGUGUCUCGACUGAGCCUGGGCCUGAGCAAGGCGCCGGCGGCCAGCUCUUGUACCGACGAUGCUGAGGAAAAAGCAGAGAGCAUAGACUCCUUGUCAAAGGAAAUCAAUGAUCUUAUCACAAACCUGGACGAAUCGGAGGCGAUCGAAAACCCUGACAGUGCCGAGACUUCCGUUGAGAACGUGGCGUUGGCACUCGCAGAUCCUAUGACGAAGUCUGUGUCUAAGUUCUAUGGGCUGUCGAAGCCGCUUGGCGAUAAUAAUAUAAUUCUGUCAGCACCUGAAACUCCAGUGAAAGAGGCUGAAAAAGGGGCCGUAGCUGAAAGCACGCCGUCCAAAAAUGACGACAGUGAGAACAUCAGACUGCAUUAUGACGAGGACUCGACGGAGAAAUCAGUGGAAGCCAACAAGCAUGAAAUAACAUACAAGUGCAGCACAGUAGCCAGCAUUGACAAGCUCAUGGACAGACUGAAAGAGUUCGAGGAAUUUGACAAAAAGCGGCAGCGACAGGAGUCUGAGAGCAAACCUAGUGACGACUUCAACAAGCAAGUGAUGGUGAGCAGCGACGUCGUACUCAUCAACAAGUCAGGCGCCGAGUUCAAACAAUUCAAGGACAUGCAGUCGGCUAAAACUCCUGAAAAACCUUUUGAAAAGGAAAAUGUACUCAGCUGUUUCGAAAAUAACUCGGCCAUUUCAAUAGUAAAGCGCGACCACGCGAGGAAGUCAGUAGACGUCGAUCUGCCGAAUUCUGUCACUCUGAUUAAGCGCAACAGCAUUUCCAGGAAGGAAUCUACAGGGUCCAACCACUCGCGAGAGUCAGGGGACGCUAUCAGCAUAUUUGAGAAGUCGCUAGGUAGAGACGUGACCCUGACUGAGAUAAGGAAGUCAGUAGACAAGACAGCGCCGACAACGCAAGUGGAAAUCCACCAGUUUGCGACCCUGCACCCCAACAACCCCAACCAGAGCUUAGUUAAUGUUCUAGACUCCAAGCAGAUAUCCAUAGUGCCUUGUGUCAUCCCGGAAGUUAAGGAGACAAAACUACCGUCUGUAGAGCCUACAUCGCGGAAAAACUCUGAAUCUGGCAAUGACAUUGUCAGUGAUAAUGCGGUGACUGUAGAUAAGAUAAAAUUGGUGGCUCAAGCAGUGAAAUCGCCGUCGAUUCUUGCGCCGGCGCCGGUGGCUGUCAAAUCACCUGAAGCUGAGCCUAUGGACACGGAGCCUAUCGUAGCUCCUCCUGUAGAUAACACAAACCUGCCUGAAGACAAAACAAUCAGCACUGAAGUGACUAAGACGCCGGAAAUCAGUAAAAUCGCGGAAAUAGCUGAAAAGACUGAAGAAAUACCGACACUACCCCAAAUAGCAGAGAAACCUAAGACUACAGUAGUACCGGAGAAAAUCGCUGAAAAACCCAAAAAGGCUGUCGUCACACCUGAAAAAGUACCAGAGAAAGUUACUCCUGAAAUACCUGAAACUCCAACUGAAACACCUAAACCUGAAGACACAGCUGAAACAAAACCCAAGACUGACAGUGACAGCAAAAUCUCCGAAACAGCCGACGUGGCGAAACCAGGGAAAAGUCCUGAAAAGGUUUCCAUCAGAAAAUCGCUAGACAACAAACCGGGUCCUAGCAACAUAAUCGUCGAGACCCCUGAAAGUCAGAAGCGCAAAGAGAAUGUUUUACGCACACUAGGCCUACUAACCCACAAGGCGGCCAACGAGGCUAAAAUCGAAAAGGCUAAGGAAAAGGAGCGUUUAUACGGGAUAAACGCGAAGAAGACCAAGGCUGGGGACUACACGGGGACGUUGAAGACUGUGAUCAAGCUGAACCGGGGCGACCGGGACAGGAAGAAGUUUAGGAGUUCGCUGAAGAUGACGUUCCAGAAGAGCAAGCACCGCGGCCGGCUGAUGGACGCGGGCGAGGCGGAGGACGACGCCUACUACACCAUCGAGCGCCGCGAGGGUGCUGCAACUUCAACCGAUGGUGGGCACAGAAAAACACAUUACAGUAACCGGUUUAACAACCAUGACCAAGAGACGGCAGUGGAGGCGGUAGUAGAGCCAGCCAAGGAGACCCUGAACCUGGUGAUUCCUGAGAAGGCAUCCUCAUUCUCCAUUCACCCCGGCCGCUUGUGUCAGGACCAGUGUUUCUACUGCGGCGGCAAGUUUGGCCUGUUCGACACGCCGUGUCAUAUAGCGCAAAUGAAGAGCUCAGAGAGGCAACGGAAGGUGCUGGAUAACGAAGAGAAGCUGACCAUAGACAGCUGUCUGUGCGACGCGUGCUACAGACACGUGGACCGGCGAGCCAACUGCCCCUCGUACCGGAAGCGCCCGUUCAAGAUGCCGCCAGAGCACCCCGCCAUUAAAUUAACUUCCCCUCUCUCCUCCCCUAGGCCACCACAACCCCCCUCCACCUCCCCCCCUCUAGAAGAAGAGAGCGAGGAGGAGCCGCCGGCCACGUCGGGCCGAGCCGCCGUGUGCCACACCACCGGCUGUGCCGCCCCGGCAGCCCGGGCCAUACGGAGGAAGUGGCUCAUCAAGAUGAGGGAUGGGGUUAAUCGGCUGUUGAAGCUAGAAGGCGACUACCCCGGCCUACACACGAUUCCGCUCUGCACCGCGCACCACGCCGCCCUCGCCCCGCUCAUGUCGUGUGCGCUGUGUCGACACAGACACACCAAGCUGCACACACUGCACAUCGUGAGCCAGGGCUACCUGGAGUUGAACCCGCUACUCCGCGAGGCGGGAAUCCCCGUCGAGUUCACGGAGCGCCCGGCGCUGUGCAAGCCCUGCCGCUACUACUGCCUCAUCAUACAAAGGAGUGGACAUAAGAAUGAUAGCGAAGCCAAGAACUAUAGACGACGACUUCUACAAAUAUACAACGUGGAGGUGCCUCCGGAGUCGGAGAACGACGCGGAGGCCGAGCAGAGCGCGACCCAGGAGACGGAGCUCAACACCAGCGGCAAGCAGAAGAAGAAGAAGACCAAGAACAAGCAGAGGAAGUCCACGGAACCCGAGAAACUCGGGGAGAGCGGAGAGAGCAACGAGAGAACCUCCGAAAGCUCUCACGACACAGAUAAAGUGAAGGAUGAGAGCAAUGAUAGCACCCAGCAGCCUAAACCCACCCCAGCCGUAGAAGACGACAUAGAAAACCUCAUAUCAACCAACAAAAUACUCGUUCCUAACGCAGCCAAGUCAAGCGAGCCAACGUCUGACGGAUCAGAGAACGAAAACCAAAUGGAAGUCGACACGCCGCACUUAGCCGUUGACAAACAAACAGAGCUGCAGUACUUGCUACAGAAGCAGAAUAACCCGGCACAGUUCCUACAGAAACCCUCCGCCAACCUCACACAGAAACAGAGGAUAGGUAAGGGAGUCGUCGGCAUUCAGAAGCCAGGACAACAGCACAGGAUACACGAGAAAAAUGCCAAGAGGAUACAGAAGCUAGGCCUCGCCAUGGCCCAGCAAGAAAAGUCGAAGAAAGAGGAUGGGGAAAUCAGUGACCCGGACAAAUCUCAAGAUGGGCUCACUGUUAUGAAGAAUAUAAACCUCAAUGACGAAUGCACAAUAGAAAGCAUUCCUAACAAGAGGCCAGCGGAUAUAACCACACUGAAAAACAAAUGGCAAAUGUCUGAAAGCUUCACUCAAGUGCAGAAGAACCUCAGUCAGCUGUCCAAAAAGCUGACUGUCGAGAAGACAACAAAGAAAAUCAGUGAUAUGAAAUACUCAAACCCAGUGAAGCGACUGGAGACCAACCCGUCCAUAUCUGUGCGAGAAUUAUUCCCAGGUGAGGAAGAAAUGAACUUACAGUGCAAUGUUGAAUUCAAUAAUGUCAAAGGCGUGACUCCCGAAGGCUGGGAAAAGUGCAACUCCACCAUUCAAUACGACGUGGAGACUAAGAAACUUUGGACCGAACUGCAGAGGCCUUACGGCAAUCAGUCCAGCUUUCUGCGACAUCUAGUUCUGCUAGAAAAGUACUUCCGGUCAGGAGACCUAGUGCUAUCGCAGAACGCGUCGCCUAACGCCGCUAACUACAGCGAUUCAGUACAAAGCAGGCUUCGGGCGUACGACAAUGUAGUCACAGAUGCGCCGCGCCGCUCGGAACCGUCUAUAAGCCUCAUAGAGUUCCGUAAACAAAAGCCAGCAGUCAACGGGAAAAGUCUGCUAAAGACCAACCAAGACAAAGAACCUAAGAAGCAGUUUAUGCCCCCGCCUAUGGUUAAACCAAAGCCUAAAGAGAAAAAGUCUAAGCAACUGCCUCCAGAGUUGAUAGCGAUUAACACCCCUAACUCUCAAGGCAGGAAGGCUAUUCAAAACGUGCUUCAUAAUAUUCAGCAGUUGGUAAAAGGCGUUUCAGCGUCAGAUCCUACCGAGGUUGCGGCGGCGCCAUUACCCGCUAUUCCUAUAGCUAAGCCUAUGCCUGAUUUACCUAAAAUAGACCCCCCUAAGGUUGACACUCCAGUGGAGAAGAAGAAGGAAUCGUCCAAGAGUGAUGCUCCCAAGAGCGACACUCCCAAGAAGCAGAAGACUACGAGCAAGCCGUGGCGGCCGACGCUCAUGCCUAUUACUCCGGCAAACUUAGCCAAGAUAGCGCGGGAGCCGCCGCAAACCGCCGUGGACGGACGCAGCCUGCCCAGCCUUGUGCAGGUCAUGUCCUCCGGAGUGCGCUACCACAUCACCCUCCAAGACUACAACAAGAUGUGCAUCAUGAGGAGAGAGAAACUACAGCAGUUACAAGACGGGGACCCGAAAGCUAAACGACCUUCGACUGACUCUGAGACGCUGAUCACAGAAAUACACCCCUCGACUAUAUUGGGCAACGGGGGCACCAUGACCCAGUGCAUAGAGAAGGACGAUAAGGCGAAAGAGUUGAGUGAUUUGGGGAAUGCUGCGACGAUUUUGAAGAAUGUCGGCCUGAAGAAUAUUACUAUAGCGCCGAUUCCGGCUAAGACAGCGACAGUGACGUCACAAACGCUGCCUGUGCCCACUGUGUCGUCCCCAUCGCUUCUAGUGACCACCACACCGAUCAAGAUACCCCAACUGGGGUCAUCGGUCUCCAUCACUAGUGAAACAGUGCUUACACCGACACUGCCCAUGUCUAUACCCUCCACCUCAAUGUCAGCGGCCAUGAUCAUGCCGAAGAUCCCCAAGUCUCUGACAGUGAUCCCUCAGACGGUGCUGGUGCCUCAAGUUCCUGUCAUGCAGCAGGACGGCAGCUUGCCAUAACGAAACGUUUACUUUGUCGUCGUGUAGCGAUGACCCAGAGACCAAAAAGAGAGUGUCUGAUGAUCAGACGCUCGGGACAAAGUGAGUGUUAGUGUUGACACUACGGAGAACUGUGUUUAGUGAUACGGUGUGCAGUUUGCAUAUCUCGGUGUGGUAGAUGUAACUACAUAUCGUGUAAGUGUAGUGUAGAGAGAACUCGUUUAGAAAAGCCUAUUUUCGUAUCGCUUUAUAAUAAAUUGCCUCAAGUGUCGUGACGGAACUCGGGCGACGAGUGAGUGAGGUGAAAUGCAAUAUGUUAAGUGAGAUUGUACCGUUCAGCCUUAAUAUUGAUUAUAUACUGUGUAUAUACUAGUGUAGGACCGUGCGGUGGCGCUGUGAACAUACGUGACAAGGAUUGUGUUUAAAUAUAUUACUCUGAAAACUUAGAUUUAUUUUUUAUUUAUUUGUGCAAAUGAUACGCUGGCUUAUUCAUUCGCUUCACGUUAGGGGUAUUCGGCUAUAACUUAAAAGACAUUCAUUAUGUAUAUCAUCAUCAUUUAAUUUAAAAUUAUAAUAUUAUGUAACUUAUAGAAUACAAUCUGAAAAGAUUACGUACGCUAAAUCCGAAAUGGCAUUAUCAUAUUCAAAAUUCUCUAGUCAGAAUUUCAAGUGCAUUUAUAUUUAUAUAAAUAUCGCGUCAUUAAAAUCCGCCAAUCGUAUCAUUUGUGUGAACUUCACUGUUAUGUAUAGAAUAGUGUAAUUAAUUAUGUAAUGUUAGUUUUGAAUAUCCACACACGUGUAAACGUCCGCGUAAGAAACAUUAUGUCAUACUCUAAACUAAUUCUCAUUUUAAAAUAUAAUUUAAACAAAAAAGUGUCACAAUAUUGGCAACAUUUCAUUCAUCUUAAAUUAUAAUUAGUUUUAACAAAUCUCUUUGGUCCUUGCUUUACCUAUGAUAUUUUAGUAUCGACAUACAAUAUCAAUAUUUAGUGAUAGCUCACAAUGUAAUAUUUAAGUAAAUUUUGUGUGAAAUAAAUAUUUAAAGUAUCAAGUAAUAACAGUAUACAUAAAGGUGAUUGUGCUGUGCCUGAGUGACAGAAAAAUAUGUAACUUGUAAUAUAAUCAAACAUAUACAGGAGUACCUUAAAUUAAUUUUAAUCAUAGACAAAAAAAUAUCCUUCCAUGAUAAUAUCAGAAAUUAUGGAUUGGUAUUUUUUUAUCAAGUUGGUGCAGGAGCUAUGCUGCGUACAUGAUGAUAUAAAGUUCCCCUGUGUAUCUGAAUAGUAAUCUAAAAUAAGCGACUUAAUAGUAAAGAUUGUAAUUGUAACAUGCCAUGUACAUAAUAUAUCAGUGAAUUUGACUACAACAUACAUUGGAGAGUUUCAAUUUUAUAUUUCUUAACGCUCAUGUUGAACUUGUAAUAAACUGUUAUAUAUCUAUUGUUGAAAAUAUAGUAUUUUAUUUGGUCCAAUGAUAUAUAGAAAAGGUCCAAAUGUUAAAAUUAAAAAUACACAUUGUACAGUCUAUGAGGUUUUGUUAAGGCGAUGUGCUCUCGAGUUCCUAAUGGAUUCCAAUAAUGUUGAAUUUAUUAUUUUUGAAUGAUCUGAGACACAUGAAGUACACACAGCCUAAUAAAUAAAAUGAGAUGAUAUUGCCUUAACAACUAUAAUCUUUUUGAAUGUUAUGAUACUGUGCUAGUAUUUUAGUGUUUUGGAAGUAACAUCAUGAUUAAACAUUUGUUUUUUUUUGCGUAGGAUUUUGGUUAAUAAUAUGAUGAUUUUGUACCGCAGUCGUUAUAGCUUUUGCUCGCGAGGUGACAGUGUAAUGAACAAAAUGUAUGCUCCAUAGACCGGAUGUUAAUUUCUUCCAAAGAUACGUUAGUUUUACAAUAAUUAUGAUUAUUUUUAGUUUAAUUUACAGGUACUGCGAAUGGUGUGUACCGAAGGAAUGAAUUUGUCUAUUAAACAUAUCCUUAUCUCAUGA